UGAUAAGAAUCUUUGUCGCGGAGGUUCUUGGCGGUUGAGUCUAAACCACUUUCUUUUUGAUUCGGAACCCUAGGAGGAGAAGAAGCAGAACUAGGCCUCAGCCAUGAACGAUCAUAUCUCCGGCGUGUUUCACCGUCCCAUGGCAGGCGUAGUUAAAAGAAUCCGGCUAGAGAACUUCAUGUGCCACAGUCACCUGGAAAUCGAGCUCGGCGACUCCGUCAAUUUCAUCACCGGUCAAAAUGGAAGUGGUAAGAGUGCGAUACUUACUGCUUUGUGCGUUGCAUUUGGGUGUCGAGCUAAAGGGACUCAAAGGGCUUCAACGUUGAAGGAUUUUAUUAAAACUGGUUGCAGGUUUGUGCUUCAUAUUCCUUUUAAGGUGUGUUUCAUUUUGACGUCAUGAGACAUCUAGCUAAAAGAAUUGGCCACAUAGAACGCCAUGCCACUGUGCUAAUAGAGAACCGCAGAUCUUGCUAGAAAAGGGAUCACUUUAAUUUAGAUGUGAAAAUCUGAAUGCUUGACUUUGUAGGGUAGAAGGUCCGCAGAUGACAAGUUGUAGAGUAGGAUAUACAUUUCUGAGAAGUUUGUAGCUGUACCUGCUGAGGAUUGUUAAGAGAGAAUCCGGUGUUUUUGAUACAAGUCCAUCAGAGAAACAACGGACUAUAACAAUUUCUGUUUGUAUGCCACCUUUCGUACAGGUUUAAUAUUCUCAUGGCUGUUUGUGAGUAAUAAAAAUUCAUUGAUCUGUCUAGAAAUUUAGAAUAUAUGAACUAUGUUUACUUUGAUAAAGCAUUUCACUCUUGAUGUACAGGGCCCUACUGUAAGAGGAUAGAGAUAAGUUAAAUUUAGGAAGUUCUAUCUGAAAGGAGUGUUUUACUAAUAACCUUGUUGAUUGGAUUGGUGAUGGGAAGUUCUGAAAGAGUAGUGAUUCUCUGAUAUCCUUGUUAAUUGGAUUUGUAAUUGGGAGACUUCUCAACCAGUUCUCAGUCUCCGUACAGCUUUAGUUCUUCUUACAUUCACCUAAGUAUCUAAUUUCUUUAGGCCAAGUUGGAUUAGUCUUACUUUUGCAAUGCUGUUAAACUUUUAUUGAUAUAUUAUGUAAAUUUUCCCUCUUCCUUUAACAUUGAGAGAAACUUCAUUCUUUGGGCAUCAGUAUUUUCUCUUGUGCUUCUUUACUCUAACCAUUAACUGGAUCCUUUUGAUUAGUGAUUUUGUAGCCUGCAGUAUUGCUUUAAUGAGUGAGACACUUUUAGUUAUCUCAUUAGACCUGAAGUAUCCAUAAAGAUCUUUCUUAAUUUGCGUUUAAGGUGGUUGUUGAAAUUGUUUCAGACUUUCUUUUAGUUUUCAGUGGCCUGAAGCAUAGUGGGAGCACUGUAAAUAUAACAGAGAAUUCAAGUUUGUGAAUAACAUAUAGUUGGUUUAUAUUUUUUUCUUUUUUCAAGAGGCAUUUUCUGCAUUUGAGAUAUUUUAAUGUGCUUCCUAUGCUUGCAAAAUAGUGUUUUAAGACUUACUUCUUAGUUCAA